AUGGGGGAUUUCAACGCUAUCAGGGAUCCCUAUGAUCGGACUGGAAGCUCUGACACUUGGAUUCCUUGCUUUGAUGAUUUCUAUCAUUGUCUGAUUCAAUCUGAGUUAGAGGACCUAAGGUAUGUUGGCUUUCGCUUUACUUGGUCUACUUCCUCGGGGGUCAACCACAAGGCUAGGAAGAUUGACCAAGUGCUUGUGAAUGCUAAUUGGAGUCAGGAGUUCUCUUAUUCAGAAGCGUCUUUCCUCGCACCGGGCAUUUCCAACCAUACUCCUAUGGUGGUUAGAGUGAUGCAACCGAUGUUCACCAGGAGGCCUUUUAAAUUCUUCGAGUUCUGGACGAAGCACCCUUCUUUCCAUAGCAUUGUUUUUCAAGUUUGGGAAAGCCCGGGUGAAGGGGUUCCUAUGUACAGGCUAGUGAGUAAACUGAAGGCUCUUAAAGGCCGCUUAAAGCAACUCAACAAAGAGUCUUACUCUAAUAUUUUUGAGAGGGUUUCUGCAGUGAGAAAUGCUCUAUCUUUAGCCCAGGUUGGCCUUCAGCAAGAUCCUACUAGUGAGAUUCUGGCAGAUUUGGAGAAGACUCAUCGGAGGACUUUUUUGGAGUUGAGGAGUCAGGAGGAGUCCUUUUUCAGGCAGAAGUCCAAGAUCAGGUGGCUCAAGAAAGGAGCUCUUGGCACCUCGCCCCCGAUCUUCCAUCCCCUCCUUAUUGGAUAUUCGGGAGAGAUUCAUGAUACAGUCUUCUCCUUAGCUCAAGGCAAGGCGCCAGGACCUGAUGGCUUUGGUGUUGAGUUCUUUAAGCAUAAUUGGGAGAUAGUAGGGUCUUUGGUCAUUGAAGCAGUUAAGGAUUUUCUUACAAUAGGGAGGCUUCUCAGGGAAAUCAAUAACACCAUCUUGGUGUUGAUUCCAAAAGUUCCAAAUGUGACUUCAGUCAAUGAUUAUAGACCUAUAGCCUAUUGUAAUACUAUUUACAAAUGCAUUACUAAGAUUUUAGCUAACCGGAUUGCUGUAGUCCUUAGUGACAUUAUCAGUCCUUAUCAGAAUGCUUUCGUCAAAGGCAGGCGAAUUAGAGACAAGAUCCUUCUUGCCCAGGAAUUAUUUGCUGGAUUCCAUCUUGACCCAUACCAACCCAAGUGUGCAAUUAAGGUGGAUUUUCAGAAAGCUUAUGACAUGGUGGACUGGGACUUUCUUGAGUUAGUUCUUCGUGCUUUUGGCUUCUCGGAUCAUUUUGUUCAAAUUGUUAUGAGGUGCUUCCAGUUUAUUCUCGGUUACUUCGACGUGGCACCUUAUAAGGAAGAAGAAGCCUCGGGUCAAUUGGGCUUCCUUGAUCGGAACAAUGCUAUAUCUCCAAGAUAUCGGUUCAACCUCGGCUUAUCACCAAGAACCGCCUUCCUACUCAGGCCAUGCUUUUGUCUCAUGGCAGGAUUGCGGAUGCGGACUUGGGCCGACAACCUUCACUGGGCUCUGAAGUUCCUUCCCGGUAAGGAUUUCUAUCACUCCAUCGCCCGAUUUUCCUUUGGAGCUCUCUACCACCUUAUUUGGAAAUACAGGAAUGAGAUUCUAUUUAGAAAUUACACCUUCACGGUUCCAGCUCUGAAGAAUCACUUGAUUAAAGCGGUUAAGGAUAAGGCCUUGACUUUCACUAAUGUUGAAGACAAUCCAAGAAAUAUGAGGCUUCAACACACAUGGGGGAUUGACCCUUGUAUUUUCUAUUCCUCUUCAGUACUUCCUUAG